GUUUUAUCAGCCCGCGGUUUGACCACAAACAGCUGAUUGAAGUAACGUUUUUAUGUAUCGACUUUGCGUUAACCGGCAAUGCCGGUAUAUUACAAUUUGACUGAUUAUAUUGAUUAUAUUCAAUUUUGCUGCUGGUCAGCACAUAUUUUAUUAGGUUCAUCGAUUAAAUUCAACUAAAAAAAUAUAACUCAGCUCAUAAAUCUCAAGAACAGACAUGGCCGUCUUCUGAUGUUACACAUUUCUAGAGCAAACGAAUACGACUUUGAUUACAGUUCGAAAUAGUAACUGUGGUUUCUGUCAUUUUGUACAGUUGUACGCUUUUGUUUUAUUGUCUGCUUAAUAUCAAAAUAACAAUUUAUACUUCAUACUGUCACUGUGAAAAUAAAGAAUGAAAGUUCUCUCCACCAAGUUUCAUAAAAUACAUCAACGAUUAUGGAUGAAGCAAGGACUCAAAUUCACAACGUAGCUGAUGUCCUUAAUUCACCGAAUACUGUGUAUUCGCAAGCAGGACAUAGUACACCAAUUCGAAAUAGUGACAAUUCCCACUUAGAUGAAUCAUCAGAUUUUGGCACUCCUCUGUUACUGCCUUGUACUCAGGAUGGAUGUAAUGAGGUUGCUUGGGAUUGGCAUAGUCCAAUAGCUAAGCCAUCGGAAAACAGAACCAAGAACUAUAAAGCUUUAAAUGCUACACCUAAGCGAAGUAGUACAGUGGAGAAGAGACGUAUUGUCAAACCCAAUUCUCCAUUAUUUUACAAUCCAACUAGACUUUUGAUUAAAACACAUAACACAGAAGGUAUUGGGAAAUUUGCUGCUGAAUUAAAGGCUUUGAGGGAUCAAAUAAAUAUGGGACAAAAAGCUGUAGAUGAGCUUCCUAUCCCUGAGACAAAUGAGGAAAAUGAGACUAGUAGUCAAUUAUUAAUUGAUAUGGAUACACAAGAUUUGGAAGAUUUGGAUAUAAAAUUACAAGUGACAAAUGAGGAAGAAAAAUCAGUACUGCAAAAAGAAAAUGCUCAAACGAAUUCAAGUUAUGAAGAGUUGUUUGAUGAUUCAAUUGAGGAUUGUAUGGUGAGAUGUAGUCAGGAAGUAGAAGAACGAUUUAAGUUAGAUAUGAAUAAAGAAACAGCUUCAAAUGCUGUGACUUUUAGUGCUACUAAAGAAAAAGAACAAGCACAUGCACAUAGUAUGUCCCGACUAAUUACCAGUGCAACUCAACAACCAAGUACAUCACAAGCAACAAGUAUUAAAGAACCUAUUACAAACCGGGUAAUGACGGGAAUUUUAAAAGACUCUUGUAUCAAUAAUAAUAAUAAUUCUAAUCAUUCUAGCAAUACGUUAUUCAAUAAGAACGCUAUUGCUGAUAAAGAUGAUAUUUUGUUCUCACAAAUUCCCGACGAUUCAUUUGAUGACUGUUUAGUAUCCUGUCUGGAAGAGGAAGAACAAUUUUUGUAUCAGGCAUUAGAGGAUAAAAAAAUUCAUAUUAAUGCUGAUGAAUCUCAUAAUCGUUAUGGAAAAGUAUAUAAAAAUAAUCAUAUAGUAACUCCAAAGCCUAACAUAGUAUCUAAACAAAGUACUUUCGUACCUAAAGCCACAGUAUUAUCAUCACGAAAUACAAACAACAAUAGUAACAUCAGUGCGAACACCAGUCUAUAUAAAACAGGGAGCAGCAGCAAUCUCAUGAACAGUUCUCAUAGUAAAUCAAUCUCAAAGUUGUUGAACACGAGUAAUGAGGAUAGAAAAUUUUUCAAAAUGAAAAGCUUAUCUGAACCACAUUUUGCUGAUCAAAAGCAAUUCUCUAACGUUUCUGACAAACUGGAGUCAUCAUCAAAUUUGAAAAAGGGACCUAAAGCUUCGUCGAAUUUAAAUUUAAGUUCUAAUUGUUGGAACACUGUAUCUAAUUCAGGUGCUGGUUCAUCUACAAGUUCAAAAUCUUGUGGGAUACAAUCACUGAAAUCUGGUGAAGCUAACAAGUUGCCGAUUGUCAACGGUAACACCAACACUAACAACAUCUAUCCUCUUAAUAGAUUGGUUCCAAAAGGGGAUGAUGUUUAUACUUUUAAAGGAGGCUCACCUAGGUUUGGAUGUGAUUCCAAAAAAACAUUCGGUGGUUCAGAGCCAGUACUCUGUACACCCGAAGAAAUAGAGCAGAAACGUUUGGAGGCGAAAAUGAAAUUGGAGGCUAAGAGAAGAAUGCAAGCAAAUGCAAAAAAAUCGGAGAUUCCAAUAGGAGUACCGUUUAAAAGACCAGUGAAAAGGAGGCAUUUAUAGAAUAUUUUUUUUCAUCAUGACACAAGUUUGGACUUCUGCAGACCAUCGGAUCAUCAAAGAAGUUCUGAGAAAGGGUACUUUUUCGAACAAAGCUAUUGAGCGAUGUGUUUGUCACAUUCAAGUGGAGAAGAUUGAGGUUGACGGAAU